AUGAGGGUGCAGAGCAUAGCACAAGCUGGGAAAUCGGAAGUCCCUCCGCAAUACAUCCAGCCUCCCUCCGAUCGACCGAAUAGCGACGCUGAUGGUAAGUCCGGCAGCGGCGGAGGUGUUCCGGUGAUCGACCUCGGUGAAGAUUCCGUCCGGGAAGCAGUUGGGCGGGCUUGUAGGGAUUGGGGAGCUUUCCAGGGACUAUUUCGACCAUCACACUUUGCCUCUCUCUCUCGCCGGAAUCCUUCCAAUUGGCCUCAUUACCCUCCCAAUUACAGGGAGGUUGUUUCCCAGUAUAGCGAUGAAAUGAAUGUGCUUGCCCAGAAGCUGCUGGGGAUCAUCUCUGAGAGUCUUGGACUGCCACCUUCUUGCUUAAAGGAUGCUGUUGGGGAGUUCUAUCAGAAUAUUACCGUCAUGCUCAAAGACUCCCAUUGGUACACUGUCGACCCUCUUCCUGAAGCCAUUGUUGUCCUUGUGUCAGAUCAAACAGAGAUCAUCACCAAUGGCAAUUACAGGAGUGCAGUACACAGGGCGGUAACCAAUUCCACGGGAGCAAGGUUGUCAGUGGCGACGUUCCACGAUCCAUCAAAUACAAGAAACAUAUCCCCAGCUGCCGUGAUCGUGGCUCAGUCAUCUCCUCCAAGAUACCGAGAAGUGAAUUACGGUGAUUACAUGUCGAGAUGGUAUACCAAAGGCCCCGAAGGGAAAAGGAAUAUUGAUUCACUCCUAAUUGGCCCUUAG